UGUCUGCGCCCAUUAAACAUGUGAGAGUUUAUUUUUCCAAUGUGAAUUAAACUGCGUGACAUAUAAAAACACAUUUGAAAUUGCAAGUAACAGUGUUCAAUUUAUAUUUAAGUAUCUAGUAGAAUGUCAGGAAAGAAAAGAGCUGUGUUUAAAAGUGACCUUGAUUUUUGUCCAGAAUGUGGAACAGUGUUACCUUUACCAGGGCUACAAGACUUGGUUUCAUGUAAAAAAUGUCAAUAUGAAAUAAGAGUAGAAGAAUUUGAUGGAAUUGAGAUAAAUUCAACAAUAAUAUUUAAUGAAGCAGACAUUAAAGAGGCAGCAUCUGAGAUCAAGGCAGAAAAAGAACUGAAAGGACCCAUGGCAGACAAGAAGUGUACACAGUGUGGUAAUGAUGGUAUGGUUUAUACUACCAUGCAAACAAGAUCUGCAGAUGAAGGACAGACUGUGUUUUAUACAUGUCCUAAAUGCUCCCACCAGGAGAUAGAAUAUUCUUAAAGGUCAGAGUACCAAGCUGCAGAUAUAAACCUACUCUUACGUGGAAAGAUUUUUUCCCCAGUGGAACUUUUCCUUUAGAAGGCACAUGCUGUACCAACAUUUUGACCAACAAGACUGGGCAUCUUCAAGGAUUAAAUAUUUACAUUGUUAUUUUAUUAUUUGUAUAAAAAAAUAUUUAUUAAGACCAAAUAUUGGAUUUGUUAUAAUGUUUAAAUAAGAUAUAGACAUUGUGUACACAUGUCCUGGUGUCUCUGCUCUAGUGGAUAAACAUGUUGGCCUAAUAAAACUUAACCACAAUGAGGAUAUUUUCUGAAGUUAAUACUAGGAGGGUUUUUUAGACAACCACACAAAAUUCCCUUCAAUCCCUGCUGAUUACUCUACCUGAACAUGGACCUCAGUGGCUGAGUGGUCUAAGUAGUCAAACUACUUAUCAUUAUACUGUCAGCACUUGAGGCUGUGGGUUCAACCCAAUCUAAAUUGACUAGGAAAGUCAGUUUUUCUGUUAAGGGUCAUGGUUCUCUCUCCGGGCACUUUGAUCCUCCACCAAGAAAAACUUAAUGCCACAAAAUAACUUAUAGUGCUGAAAGUGUUAAUAAACAUCAGUCUACCUGAACCUAAAGUAAGAAGAUGCUGUUUCACAUAUUUUAUUUUGAAUUGAACUUGUAAAGUUUGAUAAAUACAUGCAGUUUAUGGAAACAUUAAAAGUUAGAAAUG